AUGGUCUGUGGACUCGGGAAGCAGGAGCCACCAGUGGAUUCCCGCCUCGGUGGAUGGAUCUUGGAAAGGUGGGAAGGGGCAACGCCGGGCGUACUUGUAAUCCAUCAGACAAGGAAGGAGCAGAUGGGUGGAGAUGUCUGGGGAAGCACCACACAACAGCUGUUUCCUAUUUUCUUAUAG